AUAGGAUAUGAAAAGAAUAGAUUGCAAGAUUAAUUACAAAAUGGUAUAUACACAAUAGAUUGAAAAAAUGAUCUAAAGCGUAAAUAAUCAAAUACAUCUCAGAAUACUAUCAAAAAUAUUUAAAAUUAUCCGAAGUUGACGAUUGCCAAUAUUCCCAUCUCUAACCAAUCAUGAUAAAUAAAUCAUUGUUGACACUUAUAAUUUCUUUUAGAAAUAAUGAAUCUACUCUUCUCUUCUAUAAUUUUAGGCAUAGUUUAUCACAAAGAUCUGGCAAUAAUAAUUCUGGACACUGAAGGUUUAAUGUCCUUAGAAGAAAGUGGUUCAAUAUUUGAUAAUCAAAUGAUAACCAUGGCCAUUUUAACAUCUCAUUUAGUUAUUAUUAAUCAUAAAGGUGAAUUAAGUUCAAAUCUCGAAGGUCUCAUUGGUAUGUCAUUAUAUGCUAAAUUACAAAUACAAUCAUUACCAUUCAAACCAAAAUUAUUAUUUGUACUACGUGAUCAAAUGUCACGUGAGAACAAAACAAUAUUUCUUGAGCAAUUAAGUCGAUUUAAGGAUAAUUUACAAACAUCAUCAAAUUUCUUGAAAGUAUCAAUCGAUGAUGAAUUUGAAAUCAACCAAGAAAAUAUUGUGUUAUUACCAUCAGCAUUUAAUGAAGAUAUUAACAAAGAACUAAAUAUAACACAACGAUGGAGAAAUGAAGCAUUUGCUUAUGACAUAAAUCAAUUAAGAAGAAAUAUAUUUAAUGAUUUUCAUGAACAACAUAUUCAAGACAAUUAUGGUCUUACUAAUAUUGAUGCAUUCUAUAAUAAAACAUCAAGUAAUUGGAAAACAAUUGAUGAAUUAGGUCAAGGUUUGUUAGAAUGUAAAUCAUUAGCUGAAUUAAAUGUGACAAAUGAAUUAAAAUCAAAAGCAAAUGAAAUAAUACAAAAAAACUCAAAAUUAUUAUUAAAAGACGGAACAGAACUACUUAAUUGUUUAUUAACGAAACAAAAACAAACUACAGAACAAUUAAAUAAUAAUAGCGCAAAUAAUAUUCGAGUAAAUACGGAUAUAUAUUUGAAAAGCUUUAUUGAUAAUGGUUUUGAUCAAUUACACAAUUUAACAGAGAAAUUAAUCAAAGAUGCAACUGAUGACUUUGAACAAUGUACACAACAAACUUAUUAUGCUGAUUUAAAAUGUAAUAUACAAAAAGAUAUUGAACCAAGAAUACGUUGUACAGAACAGUUAUUAAAACAACGUUUCGAACAAGAUGUUUAUACAAUCUCAAAAGAAAAUGCAACAUUAGAAAUGCAAAAACAAUUAUUAAAUACUGCAAGAAUAUUUUUUGAUAAACAAAAACAAACACAAACUAUAACUGAUAUAAAUGAAUUAAAUACUGCUUUAGAUGAAAAAUAUAAUGAAUUAUAUAAAAAGUUUGAAGAGAAUUUGAAUUUAUUACAAAAAUCAGAAUCUGAUAUAACUGAAACAAUACUAAAUAUUUACAAUCGUAUAAUUAGAAUAAGAGGAACAACAGCAAAUAAACAUAAUAUUUAUAAUCUCUGUCCAAUACUUGUCCAUAAUACGUUUUGUAGUGAAUUUCAUGAACUGGAGUCGAUAUAUGAAUCAAUACAAUCGUAUAUUAUUCAAGGACAAACAUCGAAUAAAAUUAACAGUUUGCUCAAGAAUCUUCUUGGUACCAGUUCAUGGAAAACGUUGAAUGAACAUCUGGGCUGGUUUAAUCAUUGUGUUCGUGGUGAUGAACAUAAAAAAGAAAUAUUUGUAAGUAUAGCAGAAGGUGUUAUACCACAAUUCAAUAACAAUAUUAACACAAUGCUAUCAACAAUAAAAUUAUCCUAUAAUGAUCCAGAAUUAAUAUCAAGUUUAAUUCAAUAUGUCGAUGAUUCUAUUAAAACACAAAGAUCUCCAAUACAGAAAUAUUGGAAUUACCUAAAUAUUCCACAAAUAACCGCAGAUCUUAUACGUAUUGCAUUAAGAUAUUUAAUUGAUCAAGCUAAACAAAUAGCUGAUCGUAAACAUGAAGAAUCAAAACAAACAUUAAAUCAACUAAAAGAAUGGAAAAUAAGUAUACAAGAACAAUUUCUAUCAAGUAAAGAUUCAUUCGAACAAGGUCAGAGAUUUAAAACUGAUCUACAAAAGCAAAUUGUUGAAGAAAUAAAAAGAAUUUAUAUGAGAGUUAUUAUUAGUGAGGUGCAUACAAUAAUAACUAACAAUAGUGAAAUUGAUUCUAAUAAGAUUGCAACGAAUGCUUAUAAUGAUAGUAUUGGUUCAAAUCCACCAGAUGCAAAUAAUAUAAUGAAAUAUAUCAUUGAUAUAAAUCGUUAUUAUUUAGAAUUAGCAUUAAAUAAAAUACAAGUACGUAAAGAAACAAUUGUUACAAAUCAAAUACAUUUAUUAGAAAAAAUUAUUUUUAAUUGUGUUGAUAAUGCUAUUGAAACUGUUGAAAAACAUGAUUGUCAUAAUGUUCAAGAAGUUCAUCAAGACAUCGUCAAAAAUCUCCAACAGAUUCUUUCAGAUUUUCGUUUAUCACCAAUGAUUGGUAUAUCAAGUGAAAUAAAAGAUCCAGAUCGAUUUAAAGAAAGUUUUAAACA